AUGGAGGGCAUCAACAUCGCCGAUUUCGCCACUCGGCAGUUGACCCUGCUUGAUGGCGAGUUGCAGGCGGAGUUGGAGGAAACGCAGAUGUUAACCGCCACCCACGCCCCGUCCGUCCUGCAGCGCGCCGGCCUUGCUCUUUUGAACCUCAGCGUCGCAUCGCAGCGCACUGGCUUUGGCGGCAAGACCAUGCUCGAGCUCGCUAUCGAUCCCGCUGUUGGCGGUGGAGAAUUCCCGGAGCACGCCUUCCGGGUCGGCGACAUUUGUGCUGUGGCUGAGCAGCCCAAGGGAGCGGAGCGCAAGAAGGAGCGCGACGGUAUGGAGAGGAGAGGCGUCGAAGGCGUCAUCACCAAAGUCCAGAAGGAGAACCUCGUCGUCUCGUUGGACAAGGAAGAUGCCGACGUUCCCAACGGCAAGUUAUGGCUUGUCAAACUCGCCAACGACAUCACAUUCAAACGCCUGCAGCACACCAUGUCUACGCUGCAGAAAAUGCAGACUUCCGAGCAUAGUACUUUGACACAGGUCUUAUUUGGUUUGGCGUCUCCUACUCUUCCAACAUCUUCCCACGACCUCCCGGCGGACAUCAAGUGGCAUGAUGCAAGCAUGAACGACAGCCAGAAGGAAGCAAUCCGCUUCGCUCUAGCUGCGCGCGAGGUUGCAUUGAUCCAUGGCCCGCCUGGCACGGGCAAGACUCACACGCUCAUUGAACUCAUUCUACAGCUGCUUGAUCGAGACCAGCGCAUCUUGGUUUGCGGACCGAGUAACAUCAGCGUCGACAACAUCGUUGAGCGUCUCUCACACUACAAGGUGCCAAUGGUCCGACUGGGGCAUCCCGCGAGGCUGCUACCCAGUGUGUUGAACCAUUCGCUCGAAGUCUUGACCAAGACCAGCGAUGCCGCAGCUAUUGUGGCAGACAUUCGCUCCGACAUGGACGCGAAACAGUCUUCGAUCCGUAAAACACGCAACGGUGGCGAGCGCCGUGCAAUCUAUGGGGAGAUGAAAGAAUUGCGGAAGGAGUACCGCCAGCGUGAACAACGUGUCGUCGGCGAUCUCCUGCGCACGAGCACGGUCGUCUUAAGCACGCUGCAUGGGGCCGGGGGCUUCCACUUGAAGAACGAACGAUUCGAUGUGGUGCUGGUAGAUGAGGCGAGCCAGGCACUCGAAGCUCAGUGCUGGAUCCCCGUUCUCAGCAGCGGCGCCCCAAAGCUAGUCCUUGCUGGAGAUCAUCUACAGCUGCCACCAACCAUUAAAUCCUUGAACAUGAAGGAGACGAAGAAGCACAAUAAAGUGUCAACGAAUGCGAAGGUCGAAGAGGUGACUGCUGAUUUGCGUGCCAUGAAAGCGAAUGGCUCAAGCGACAGACCGGCGGAAAAGUCUGGGAAGAGCAAGCAAGAUCCCGUGACGCUGGAGACGACGCUUUUCGAUCGAUUAUUGGCGCUUCACGGGCAAAAGAUCAAGCGCAUGCUCAACACGCAGUAUCGAAUGCACGAAAAGAUCAUGGCGUUUCCGUCGUCUGCUCUGUACAACGGGGAGCUAGUCGCCGCCGACACAGUCAGGUUGCGUCUUCUCAAAGACCUGCCGUACGAAGUUGAGGAUACAGAAGACACGAGGGAGCCGCUGGUGUUCUGGGACACGCAAGGCGGUGACUUUCCCGAAAAGGCGGAAGACGAGUCAUCGCCAAAGGGCAAGAGCAGCUUACUAGCGGAGAGUAAGGUCAACGAGAACGAGGCGUCGCUCGUGCGUUUGCACGUGAGCAAACUCAUCUCGGCGGGAGUGAAGGCGGAGGACAUCGCGAUCGUCACUCCGUACAACGGGCAAUUGGCGCUUCUGGCACAGACGCUCAAAAGCGAGUACCCCGCGCUGGAGUUGGGUAGUGUGGAUGGCUUUCAAGGUCGGGAGAAGGAAGCAGUGGUGGUGAGUUUGGUACGGAGUAACGCGGAGCAUGAAGUUGGAUUCUUGGGAGAAAAGCGGCGGCUCAACGUGGCAAUGACGCGACCCAAGAGGCACCUCUGUGUGAUCGGAGAUUCAGACACGGUGGGAAGGGGCUCGAAGUUCCUAAAGUCUUGGAUGGGGUAUCUGGAGGAACACGCCGAUCUGAGGUAUCCAGACUUGGCCGAACUCCAACACGGAGGAUGA